GUUUUCUUUGAGUUCAACAGCAGAAAAUGAAUGGGACAAUGAACCCAAUGGCACAAGCUCUACGCUUCCGCCAGCUCGGUGUCUACGUCUGCCAUAGCUGUUCCCGUACCUUGAGACGGCAACGACGCAGCUAUGCUACCACUGUGCAAACACCGGACAUCUAUGAUGUUGUCUGUGUAGGUGGCGGUCCAGCUGGACUCAGCCUGCUUGCAGCUCUGCGUUCCUCCCCAACAACAGUAAAUCUGAAGGUUGCCCUUGUUGAAUCUCAAGACCUUAGCAAAACACGCCCUUUCUCUUUACCACCGACUCAGUUCUCAAACAGAUGUAGCUCUCUCACACCUUCUUCGCUCCGUUUCCUCGACAGUAUAGGAGCUUGGAAACAUGUUCAAAGAGAUAGAGUCCAGGCGUAUCAGGAGAUGCAGGUUUGGGAUGGAGUUACGGGGGCGAGGAUCGAGUUCGACUGGCCGGCUGAGAAGGCGGGGACUACGAUUGCAUAUAUGAACGAGAACUUGAACCUCACCUCUGGAUUAUUGAAGCGGAUUGACGAGAUGGGAGGAGUGGAUAUGUUAGACAACCAGCGCGUUGAAGAUAUUGUGUUUGGAGAAGAGAGUGAGGAUGUAGAUCUGAGCAGUUGGCCGGUUGUGAAGCUAAGUGGAGGAAGAGAACUGGCUGCUAGAUUACUUGUUGGCGCUGACGGUGCGAAUAGUCCUGUCAGGGCAUUUGCAGGCAUUGGAAGUAAGGGGUGGGAUUAUGAUAGACAUGGAGUGGUGGCAACGUUGGAGCUGGAGGGAAGCGGAUGGGGAGGAGAGGAAGUCAAGACCGCAUAUCAAAGAUUCUUGCCUACGGGGCCAGUGGCCAUGCUACCGAUGCCAGGAAACUAUGCGACUUUGGUUUGGUCAACUACUCCGGCAUUGGCGACUCAUUUGAAGACAUUGAGUCCUAGGGAUUUCAUCUCUAUGGUUAAUGCCGCUUUCAGGUUGUCGCCGGUGGAUUUGGCAUACUUGCACACGCAAGCUUCGGGGCAGACGGAGGAGGUAGCUUGGCGAACACAACAUACAGGUUUCGAUGCUCAAAGGAUACCUCAGCUGGUAGUAGGGGUUCAGGAAGGAAGUGUUGCAUCAUUUCCCCUGAAGCUACGACACGCUAAUACCUAUAUCGGGGAAAGAGUGGCUCUUGUUGGAGAUGCUGCUCAUACAAUACAUCCUCUAGCUGGUCAGGGACUAAAUCAGGGACAAGGAGAUGUCGAAAGUCUGGUAAAGACUAUCGAAUACUCUGUCAAUCAUGGGCAGGAUAUUGGCGUCCAGAUGUCAUUGGAAUCCUACAAUGCAGACAGAUAUGCGGCUAAUCAUAUACUGCUUGGCGUUUGCGACAAGCUUCACAAGCUAUAUGCUGCGGAAAGCGGACCUCUGGUACCGCUAAGGAGUAUUGGGUUGCGAGCGGUGAAUGCUUUGAGUCCUCUGAAGCAUUUCAUGAUGUCGCAGGCCGCUGGCACAGGAGUGAAGAUACUAUAGAAGUAUAGUGAAGUCUAAUAUAUUAUGAUACGAC